CAAGGGCAAUGCCGAGAGGCCGGGGGUUCGGAGGUGGGCGAGGAUUUGGCAGAUCGCCCUCCCCGCCCAGACGGUCCCAGCGACCAACGCCUCCUCCACCACGGCGGCCACCGCCCCCUCGACGCCCCGCCCCCUACACCCCACCAAGAGGGGGCGGGGCGGGGAUAGGCGGGGUUAUAGCUGGAUCGUUCAUUGGCUCGGCUCUGGGCAGCGUCCUGGGGAACGCCAUCUCGUCGCGGAUGUUCCAGGGCCGUGACCCAGACACCGGUCAGUACGUGGACGACGGGCCGGACAGGAACCCCUGCAGCAGGGAGCUGGACGUCUUCUUGGCCUGUGCCCGCUACGCCGAUGACGUGUCAUACUGCCAGAAAGCUGCCGAUGCCCUCAAGGAAUGUGCUGACAAGAACAAAGAUUAUUUCCAGGAUAUGUGAGAGACCAACAUCGCCCAAUGAUGAACAACUGAUCCCGCACUCCAACUGGCACAAUACAAAGUCAUUAACAGAUUCCUCACCAUCCAAACGUGUCAGAACUGAUACACAUGUCAACGAUCAUGGUUCUCCAUUGAUUUCUCCGCUCAAACGAUCUAAAAAAAAAAUCCCGACAUCUUGGUGUUUCCUUGUCACCCAUUGGUUUGAGUUUAUCAAUAAGUUAACCAAACACUUUUCUCCAAACUGUAAAGGAUUUACUAAAAUAAAGUCUUGUCUAAUUAUUUACCAAACAAAGAGAAUAAAAAACAGUCGAACACUCGGUGACUCUCAGUGUCUCUCAUACAAUUCUUUAUUUUCUAUAAAAUUUUACAAUUUUUGUCUACCCCAAAACCAAACAUUUGAACCAAAACUCACAGAAGAAUACAUCAUAGAAAUUUUGUACAUUCGGGAGUCAUUAUGAGGUGGAGGUUUAAUCACCCUGCCACAAGGUCUCCUCAUUAUGUGCCCCCACCAUGGACCAUCCCACAUUUGUGUACAGUGCAGUUGAACACUAGGAUCAAGACAGACAAAAACAUGGGCAUGAAACUUUGGAGCACAAUCAAGCCCAAAAAAGAUUCUCCACGUUGGGUUUACAUUGUAAAGCAACGUGUACAUCUGAGAAAGUCAUUUGCAAAAAAUCUCUGUUGCCACUGAAAUAGAGUAAAUGAAAGU